GAUGAAAUAUUUUUGAGACAUUCGUUUGUUCUGUUUGUCGACGUUAAUGUGUUACAUACUGACUAGCUGUCGCAACGUAGCUGGUCUAUGCGUUUUUUUUUUUUUUUUCUUUUCAACAUCGUCUUGUUGGCGGCCACGUUUGCCUCUUCGGAAAGGGGGCGUCUGCAUCGAUAAAUAGCUCACUGGGCUCUGAUUGGCUGCUGGAACACUCACUCAUGACAUGUUUGCUUUUGAUUGGCUGAAUUUGGAGUAAAGGGGUUGGCCGUAACAUUGUUAACGUGUGUAAAUUUAACCUGUACCAUUUUUAUAUUUUAUUUAGGAUGUUUAUGCAGACAUUGAGACUUCGGCAGCAAAGAAGGCUGUGUUACCGUUAGUCUUGCAGGGGGGCUGGGAUACAGACGCGUCGCGCUCCCAAAUGCUGAGUGUGUGAACUAACACAGGCCACAGGGUUAAGGUGGGAAGAAGAAAAAUGCUGAAGAAGUCAAAUGUCAAGUUUAAUGAGAAUAAUUUGAAGCUCAGAUGCUUGAAGCCGAAUUUUAAGAAUGCAUGCUAUUUGAGGAGACAAGAAGUUUCCACAUAUAGAGUGUAUUGGCAGUGUGAGAAAUGGGGGAAGAGGAAUGAAGUCAGAAAUUUGAAACUGAAGAAAGAAGAAACGAAAUGUUUUUUGAAGUUAUGAAGUUAAGAUCAGAAGUAUUCGGGGAUAAGAUCACUGCGCUAAGAAUCCCACUCUGCUUCACGGAGCAUGAGUCCGCGGGGGUCGGGUAAGUCGGCCAGCCGUUCUCCUGCCCAGUCCAAGGAGGGGUCUGCCAACACCCGCUCCAAGUCCCGGUCUCACUCAAGGUCCAAAUCCAGGUCCCGCUCUCACCGCAGCUCCCGCCGCCGGUAUUCCCACUCCCGCUCACGCUCCUACUCCCGUAGACAUCGCUCACGGACACGCUCCCGCAGUGCUGAUUACAGGCGCCAUCGCAGCCACAGCCGCUCGCCCAUGUCUAACCGGCGCCGUCACGUAGGCAACAGGGCCAAUCCAGACCCAAACUGCUGUCUGGGUGUCUUCGGCCUCAGCCUGUACACCACCGAACGUGAUCUGAGGGAGGUUUUUUCCAAGUAUGGCCCCCUGUCCAGCGUGACCAUUGUAUACGACCAGCAGUCCCGCCGCUCCAGGGGUUUUGCAUUCGUCUACUUUGAGAAUCAAGAAGACUCCAGAGAGGCCAAGGAACGUGCCAACGGCAUGGAGCUGGAUGGCCGUCGGAUCAGGGUGGACUAUUCCAUCACCAAGAGGCCGCACACGCCCACCCCUGGAAUCUACAUGGGACGGCCAACCUAUGGCGGUGGAGCAGGUGGCUUGAGUUUUUCAUCCCGCCGCUCCUCACGGGAUUACUGUGACAGAGGGUAUGACCGUGGCUACGAUCGUUAUGAUGAUCGAGACUGCUACAGGUCUUACAGGCGCAGAUCCCCUUCCCCGUACUAUAGUCGUGGGGCAUACAGAUCCCGAUCAAGGUCUCGUUCCUAUUCACCUCGUCAUUACUGAAAGGAUAGGUGUUUGCUCCAUCUCUUAUUGAAGAUUUUGGCAGCGGCAGACUUUCAGAAAAUGUGCCUGUUUUUGGGGUGACAAUGUACAUUUAUUAGGUUUAAUUAUGUAUCUGUGGGAUCAAAGUCCUCCCCCCCACCCUUCAGUUGUAGAUAUUUUUUUGCAAUUGGAUGCAUUUUUGUGUUUUUUGCCUCCCUUUUUUUAAUUUGUAAAUGCAUACAAGUAUCUGCUUGUUUUGGACAUGGAAAGCGCUAUGGAUGUGGGCGGGAGAGACUGUUAGAAUUCCAGAGCCUUGCUUAUGAUUAUUAUGCUGUGUGCUUGAUUUUAAAUCGGCUGCAUUCAGGCAAUAAACUGCCUCUUUACACAA